UGCGUUAACUGACCAAUUAGAUGAAAGAAUUCAGACUAUCCGAUUAGACUUGAUUCUCUGCUGCUUUAUAACAGAGCAUUAGCCCGUCAAGAAUGCUAUAUGGGCUACAAAAAGCUGUAUCCAGUUGAAAACCUGCCACCACAGAAAGCAGAAGAAAUUCCAAAAACUUGGACUCUAGGGGGACUUCAUCAGCGCGUUUGAAAAAAGAUUCAAUUCAAGACACCUCGGUUAAACUGAAGCUUUCUUUCGCGGAUUAUCAGCUGCCAUGAAGAAAACGAGACAAGUAGAGCCGAUCCUGGACUUGAGACUGGAAAAUAAAAUAUCAACACCAAAAAGUAUCACUCGAACUGGAAGAAGAACUCAAAUGGCGACCAUGGUAGUUGUGAGCUUGAUAGCCAUGACUGGUCUGACGAUUCUUACAAUACUAGACGCUUUAAAAGCCAGUCAGGUCACUACAAAAACCAAAACAUUGCAAGCUAGCAUAAACCUGAGCAUCGAAGUCGCGGGCCUCAUUCACAGACUGCAAAUUGAGCGAGGAACAAGAGUUUUACACUUCAGUUCAGAUCCACAACAGGGAAUAUGGCCUCGGGUGUUAGAAGCUGCAGAGGAAACUGAUGAGGUGGCCCAAAAUCUCGCCAGGUGGCCACAAGAUAAUCGUGAAACGUAUAAUUUUAACAGCCUGGAGACAUUUCUGGCGCUGGUAAAUAACCAUCGUCAGUCUCACCCUUCCAAUAACAGCACAAUCAAAGAAGAAAUCACGUUUUACACACAAAUAAUUACAAACCUGUUUGAUUGGUCUUUCCGCAACGUCCAGCAAACAGACCAAGACAUUCUGUCGGACUACAUCGGGUACCAAAUGCUCCUUAUUGGCAAAGAAAGAACUGGUAUUGAGCGAGCUCUUGGAGGUUCAUAUUUCAGUCGAGGAUAUUUUCAAGAUACAAAUGAUUUACUCUGGUAUGCAAAGCAGAAUCAGCUGGGACAGGACAAGUUACAGACGAGCAUGCAACUUGUGCCGGAGAUUAAAACAAUUUAUAAUAAAUCUGUUGAAGCUUCUAACAGGACGAUUUUGGUUACUGUGGAGCAAAAAAGAAAAGUUAUCUUAGGCAAUAAAAAGCAAAACGCGUCAGUGGAGUUGGGAGUAGAGUGGUUUGAUAUCAUGACUGUUUACAUAAAUGCAUUACUUAAAGUUCAAAAGGAGGUCGGGACACUGAUCCUUGACAAACUUAAGGAGAAUGUAAGCUCAGCAGAGAAGGACUCGAUACUAAAGUAUUCAGUUUUUGCCUUCGUUCUGUUGAUUAUGCCCUGCUUUGUGUUCAUUGUUUACACGAUCCAAAGAUACGCGAACAAACUUCAUCAAACAACGAAACAGCUGAAGGAAGAAAAACAUAGAGCAGAUUGUCUUCUUUACCAAAUGCUGCCGUAUCCUGUCGCCGAACAGCUCAAGGGUGGGCAGACUGUCAAAGCAGAGCAGUUUGAAAGCGUGACUGUCUUUUUCAGUGAUAUCGUGGACUUCACGCAAAUCUGUGCCAGUAUCUCACCCAUGGAGGUGACCCACAUGUUGAACCAACUUUAUGGAAUCUUUGACAACCACAUCGACAAAUACGAUGUCUAUAAGGUGGAGACGAUCGGUGACGCCUACAUGGUUGUAUCAGGCCUACCAGAGAAAAAUGGGCACAAUCACGUCACUGAGGUGUCCCUGAUGGCUCUUCAUCUGGUGGAGCUCAUGAAAAGUGUUCAUUUUGGCUCCGAUGACGGAAGAGAUCUCAGUGUAAGAAUAGGUAUACACACGGGUCCUUGCGCGGCAGGAGUUGUAGGGAACAAAAUGCCUCGCUAUUGUUUGUUUGGGGACACUGUGAACACCGCAUCCAGAAUGCAGACAACUGGAUUGCCCCAGAAAAUCCAUGUGAGCAAAGAUACAAAGGACAUGCUGGAAUUUAUCGAUGGUUAUCAUCUGGAAUUCAGAGGAUUAGUUGACGUCAAAGGCAAGGGUGCAAUGGAAACCUACUGGCUUUUAGAUAAUACGGCGCCGUGUGUUUCACAAACGAGUGAGAGACCAGAUGAAGCAAGUAGUCAUAGGUAUCAAGUUAGAAUCUGAGCUCGCCUUAACACCUCUCACACUAGGCUCCUCUCGGAAACAUAAGUAGAAAGUGUUAACUCUCACUCUUAUGACAGGUGAUCAAAAGAGUAAACAAGGGGGUUACUUUCAGAAGGGGUUCAUUUGGUCUUAAAGGUCUCUAUUCAAUUUGUUUUUACAUCUCAAUUUUUUUUAAUAGCUUUCACCAUUAAGGUGCGGGAUACACAAGCGAGGCUCCAAAUUAUGUGUGCCGUUAAGAGAGGCACUGUGUCUUGACCAACAACACAACGCAUUGACCCGGCCAGGUCUCAAACCCAGGCCUCUCGACACGGAGUCCAGUGCAUUGAACAUAACGACAUAACGAUAUACAAAAGAUGUAAAGAAGUUAUUUACGAUGAUACUAAUUUUUAAAAAAAUCCAGAAAUAGACUGUAAAAGAUCGCAUUUGAUGGUGGUCAGUUACAAAUUCUACGUCUCUUUCCUGGUUGUUCAGGGUAGAAAAAAAAUCGAAUAGAAAGUAUUUCAUCUAUCUGCAUCCUCUAGCAGGUAGACAGAUAAAAAUUUUCUAGAUCAAUUAUAGGGCUGGGUUGUUCAAGUUAAACUUUACCUGAGCCAGGGUUUCAUGUAAAAUAUUUCAAUGAGUUUUAUAGCUAUACAAACAGAUCAACUGUAUAUAUUUUGUAUCGCCUUUGCUUUCAUAUAGUAAUGAAACCACACACAAAAAACAGUUUUUUAUAAAAGGUACAAAAAUAAUUCUUACUUUUCAAAUUCAGAAGUAGAACUUAUCGGCUUUAGAACAACCCAAACAUCAAAAUCAAAGCUUCUUAUUAAAUGUCGGUAGGUCGCGCGAAAUAAUUGUUUCAAAACUUUCAUGACCCUAGCCAACUCUCUUAAAUAUCCUUCACUCCGAGAUUGAUCAAUUGACUAUUUCAUCUCACAACACCAAAUACCAGACCUUGAAUUAUAUGUCACGUGCGGUAAGUAGAAAAUUGACAGUGAGAAAUUGGGAGUAAAAAAUCUAAAAUGUGAAGGUCAUUCGUAGCAUCAUGUGAAAGAUUCUGCACAUUGUCGCGCUUUGCGUUCAGCGGAUAGCGGUUUUAGAUCACGCCUCUACCGGUUUUCAACUCAAGAUAAAAGAGGUUAUUCAUAUUCAAAGAGAACAAACCAUCCUUGAAUCAACAAUUACACCAUGUAAAUCUAAAACUAUCCUUUUAAUUCUCACACUUUCAUCCUUUACCUCUUUUCUUGUUGUCACUAUUUAUCAUAAUUAGCAUUGUUCUACUU